CUACAAUCCUUCCUUUCACUUCCUCGCUCCAGACCGCACCUCGCCAUGCCUCAGAACGAAUAUAUCGAAGAGUCCAUUAAGAAGAAUGGUCGCAGGCUCGACUAUGCUGAGCGCAAACGUAAGAGAGAGGCCCGUGAGGCCCACAAGAGCUCUCAGUUUGCGCAAAAGGUCACCGGUCUGAGAGCCAAGAUGUACAACAAGAAGAGACACUCGGAGAAGAUCCAGAUGAAGAAGACUAUCAAGCAGCAUGAAGAAAAGAACGCCAAACAGAAGGAUACGGAGGCUGUUCCCGAAGGUGCUGUUCCUGGUUAUCUGCUGGAUCGUGAGGGUCAGCAACGCGCCAAGGUGUUGAGCAACAUGAUCAAGCAGAAGCGUAAGGAGAAGGCAGGCAAAUGGAACGUGCCCUUGCCAAAGGUGCGCGGUAUUGCUGAGGAUGAGAUGUUCAAGGUGCUCCGCUCAGGAAAGACCAAGGGCAAGUCAUGGAAGCGCAUGGUUACGAAGGCGACGUUCGUUGGAGAUGGCUUCACCCGUAAGCCUCCAAAGUACGAGCGUUUCAUUCGUCCCUCGGCUUUGCGUUACAAGAAGGCCCAUGUCACCCACCCUGAGCUCAAGGCGACGUUCUGCCUGCCGAUCAUUGGAGUCAAGAAGAACCCUCAGAGCCCAUUGUACACACAGCUUGGUGUCUUGACCAAGGGUACGGUCAUCGAGGUCAAUGUGUCUGAAUUGGGAUUGGUUACGACAGGAGGCAAGGUUGUGUGGGGUAAAUACGCCCAGAUCACCAACAACCCAGAGCUGGACGGCUGCGUGAACGCCCUUCUUUUGGUUUAAGGACCUGGAGGACAGCGCAUUUGCAUUGCACUUUUCAACUCUUUGUCAUAUUGCUUCUUUUUCCUUUGUUACCACCCAUCGUUUAUUGUACACUUAUACUUCUUAUCUUCAUUGCUAAAAAUAAAAUAAAGUAAACAGCCAUUUUGGCCAUAGAAAACAAAAUGUGUCCUGUACAAUUCAUGAGCAAGGUCGUUAUGGCUCUAGCAAUAGGCGAGGCCUGCUUUGCUGGACUGACAUGUCUCUGUGAGAGGGUACUCUGGCGCGCAGUAGCAGUCAGUCGCGCACUUUGCGCGUGUCGACUAUUAUUGCAAAGAUUAUAGACGCGGGGAGAGAAGUG